AGGGAAUGUAUUGUUUGUGUACAUUGUUUUGAUAUAAUCUGGUGAAGUAUUUUAUGAAAAAGUGAAUUAGUUGUUUUCAUUUCAUUGAAUUUGUUGACAAGUAUUGAUGAAAUGAUAUUUUGAUGUACUAAAGAAAGGUUUCACUUGUUCUAUUUGUCAAAAGUUCCUCACCAUUAACAGAUUAAUUUAUAAUAUAUGAAAAUGCUCUAACUUUGAUAUUCAUUAAAAUAUCAAGAUGGUUUGGAACGGAAAUACAAGCACCAGUACAGGAGAAUUCACUCCUAAAGCCAAAGGAGCUGAAUUUAAUAACACUAACAAUGGGUAUUGGAACCAAAAAAGGGGUGGGGCAAGGGCUGCUAAUUAUUUCCCUUAUCCAAGAAGAGGGAUGCAUAUGAGAGGUGGCGAAUUUUUUGCCCCUAGAGGUUUUCCUCCACAACAAUUUCGAAAAAUGAGGCCACAUUGGGUUCCAAGAGCACCGAGACCACCGCUACCUCCUCCACCACACUUUCCCCCCGAAUCUUAUUUGCCUUACCCAGCUCCUCCGUGGCCUGCUCCUCAGCCGCCACCUCCACCUACUGCAGCUCCAGCCCCUGUUACUCAGCUUGAAGCUGACACGACUUUGAGUGAAACAACUCAUAAAAAGAAGAAAAGAGCCCCUAACAGCACUAGUAGGCCUUGGGAUAAAGAAGCAGCAGAAAAGGCACACGCCCUGGAAAUGGAAUGUCAACGAAGUGCAAAUGCUAAAAGUAUUGUCAUCCGUUUUCCGGAUCCGGAACUUUCUAAAGAAAUUGUUCAAGGUUUUCAUAAACAGAUUGACAAUGUACACUUCCAAGGACCAUGUGGCGUGAGAUAUUGCUUUGUAACUCUUAAAGACGAUGCUGAUGUUGACAAAGUGAUGGAGGAUAUUAAUAAAGUCAAAUUUGGUACUGGCCACUUAACUGCUGAAAGAAAAUCUCAAAAACCUGAAGAGAAUUCUGGUUAUGAAAACAUAGAUCCUUUUACGUUAUAUGUUGGCAACUUGGCGCUUAACAUAAGUGUAGUUGAAGUUAAAGAAAAAUUCCCUACAGCUACCAGGAUUGAUGUUGGCCAUGCAAAGAGAAUGAAAAACACCAGGUAUGCAUUUGUGAAAUUUUCUACUGCUGAAGCUGCUCUCGAAGCUUAUAAAGAUUCAGUAAAUACAAUAAUGGCAUCAAGAUCAAUAAUUGUUAGAUUUCGACGACACAAAGCAACAUUUGGACCCCCGGGUGAAGAGUCUAGCUCAGCUACUGCUGAUAUAAAGCCGAGGGAAAAAUUAACAGUUGGUGCGAAAUUGAAAGCCAAGAAAGAGAAAGCUAAAGCAGAAAAGGCUGCAAAGGAAGAAGCUGAAAAGAAACUCAAAUUGAAAGUCGAGAAGCAAGAAGACGAUUCUGAAGAAGAAGUUGAAAUGGAAAACGAUGAUGAUGAUGACAUGUCGGAGUAUGAAAUUGAAGAUAUGGAUGAAAUUGAUGAUGAUGACGACGAUGAUGUAAUGAAUAUGGUGAGAGAGUCGGAAUCAGAAGAAGAAUAUGAGCUGAGUGCGGAUGAAGAAGUUGACGGUGACGAUGACGACGACGACGACGAUGAUGAUGAUGAUGAACUAAUUGCGAACAUUAAAGAUGAUGAUGAUAACUACUUUGAUGAAGAUGAUUGCAAGGAUGUCUUUUCUUUGACAUUCGACAAUCUUUGAAUUGAAAUUGAAAUCCUUUGUAAGUAUAUUUCAUUAAAAUUUAAUUAUUUUACAUAAGCAAGGUUUGUCAAAAUGAAUUUAGAGAGAUUAUCAUGAAAAUAACAGUUGUAUUGGAGGAAUUUUCUAUAAAUUAUCACUUUUUUUGUUACUGUAUAAUAUUAUUAAUUUUAAUAUUAUUUAGGCUGAGUCAAAUUUUCAGUCAGAUAUUUUAUUCUGUAUUGUUUCCUUUGCAU